AUGACAUCAAAUCCACCCGCAAAGCCCCUCAUCGCAGGCAAAAAGAUCAUCGUCGUCGGCGCCGGAAUCGCCGGGCUCGCGUUCCCUCUGGCUCUGCGCAGACAAUGGCCAGAGCAGUACGAGGCGGAAUUCCCCUUGAUCACCAUCUACGAGCGGGACAGUCGCGAGACCAGCAUUGGCCGCGAGGGAUACUCGAUUUCCAUCCGCGGAGACCCGCUUGCGGGUGGCAUGCAGGUUCUGCACAGGAUGGGUCUGCUGGAGCAGUUGCUCUCCGUGAGCAUUACGGGCAAGCCUGACGCGCGUGCCGAUGGCGGUGACUCUGGCGGAUUCUGCCUCUGGGAUAUCGACUGGAAGCCACUUCUUCGACUGACGGGUGUUUUCCAAGACAAGGAGUUGCCUGCCCCCUCGAUGCGGAUCAAGAGAGAUACUCUGCGACAGGUCCUGAUCGAGGCAGUUGGCAAGGAGUUGCACGAUGGUGCCAUCCACUGGGAGACGCCGUGCACAAAAGUCGAGACAUUGUCAAAGGAUAAUAAAAGGGUAAAGGUGCAUGUUAGCAAGAAGAGCAAGGAAGGCUCCUCUGAGCCCCAAGUCGACGAGUGCGAUAUCCUGAUCGUGGCGGACGGGGCAGGGAGCAAAGUCCGCGCGCAGUUCCGCCCGUCAGAUACUCUGAACUUCACUGGCAUCGUCUGCAUCUCUGGCACCUCGCGAUUCUCUGAAGGAAACAUCCCCAAGCCGAUGGACAAGGACUGGGGCGGCGUGCUCGGUGGCGGCGGUGUCGGGCUCUUCGUCUCGCCGGUCGACAGCCAAAGCGCGCUGUGGAGUCUGAGCUACCGGGCAGAUCAGCCCCGACAGAGGAUGAGACCGCCCCUGGCUGACGACCAGGUCCAGUCUCUCCUCCAAGAGGCGCUGGAGAGAAGCAAGCCAUUCCGCGAACCGCUGCAAACCAUGAUCAAGGCCACCGAUCCCACGACACUGAUGGUCUUCAACGCCAUGGACAAGCAGCCCUUCAGGCACGACGCAAAGUCGAACAUCAUUUUCAUCGGUGAUAGCAACCACGCCAUGAGCCCCUUUGCCGGCAACGGAGCCAACAUGGCGUUGCGGGAUGGCUGGUAA